UGGUUGCUUUCAAUCAUGUUCAAUAUGUUUCUUUUGUUGGUGGUAUUGAAUUCCGUAUUGAUCGUAUCCUGUUCAAAAGAUGUGACGCUGGUCAGAGGAGUUCGAAAUGACCGUGAGUCCUCGGAGAAUGAUAUGAGAAUCGACAAAAUGAUGCAGGAGCUACAAGAUACAUGCAUUCAUGGCAAUCAACAUCAAAAUGUAAAAGAUCUGAAAAAGGAUACACAGACUAUUUUAGACAAUAUUAACGUAUACAAAGAUGUGGUGAAAUUAAAUACACAACUCAGAAAAGAAAUAAAAUGGAUUGUUGAAGAAUCAAAAGGAGAAAGAGAAACCAGGAAAAUUUUUGACUUACUAAAACAGGACACAAAAGGCGUAUGUUCACCACCAAAGUACAAAGACUGUACAGAAUUAAAGAGGAAAACAAAGAAAAAAAUGAACAAUGGUGUUUACAAGAUAUAUCCAGGGGGAGAUAAAUCUGUUCAGGUGUACUGCGAUAUGACCACAGACGGGGGAGGCUGGACAGUUAUGUUAAAACGGUAUGGUGGAUCUGUUAGUUUUAAACGUACAUGGGAUGAAUGCGAAAAUGGAUUUGGUGAUAUACAUGGCGAAUUCUGGUUUGGCAACAAAUACACACAUAUGCUAACGUCCGGUGGGAAAUACGAGUUGAGAGUGGACAUGAUGGACUUAAAAACAAACAACAAAAUAUAUGCUGUGUAUAAGACAUUCAAUGUAGGAAACGCUGCAUCAAAAUACAAACUUACUAUUGGUGAUUACUCUGGAACUGCAGUUGAUAAAUUUAAACUUCACAAUGGGGUGAAAUUUUCCACCAUAGACCAGGACAACAACAUUUAUGGCGGCAGUUGUGCAGUCAGCCAAACAGGAUCAUGGUGGUAUAAAAAAGGUUGUUCCAAUUGUGAUCUUAGUCGUACUGAGCACAAACCAUACUGGAAUAAUUAUGUUUCGAAACCAGUUAUGAUGAUCAGAAAAAUAUAAAUUCAGAAAUACUCAUAAUAAAAACGCAAACAUUA